AAAGAGAUGAUGGGCAUUAAUGAUCAAUGAUGGUGAAGGGGUUUGAUAAAGCAAAGGGUAUUUUUAAUAGCAAAACUAUUCCGUAUGAGAUUUUAAUAAUGUAUGCAUGACACUGUGUAUAUAUUUGUCAAAACCAGAAACAAAAGAUACUUAAAGAAGUCUUAGAGCUCAAAGAAUAUACAGAUAAAUAAAAAUGACUUAGAAAUAAGGACAACAAGGAAGAAGAGGAAAAAAGAAAGACAGUUCACAGUAUUUUAAAUUCCUUAUAAAACCAUAUUUUAACAAGAGUUGAGCUGCUGAACUAUCAUUAGAUAUAAAUGUAGUGUGUAAGACUAAAGACAGAAGAACUGCCUAAAAACAUUGCACAUAGUUGGCACUAUGUGCCAACUCCCACAGGCUUAGCUGUUCAUAUAAACCCACUAUAUGAGUACACUGAAUGUAGUUUAACAGUUCUGAACUCGCCUUACAUGUACACUAGAAUUGAAGUUAAGCAAAUCAAUUACAAAUGGGAAAGUCAACUGUCUCACACUGGUUAAAGAAGACAACUGUGUCUCCUGAGGAAUGUGGUUAAUACUAGGACUGGGAUAAACAGGAAUAGAAGAAGAUCCUGGGGUAUCUAAAUGCCAAAAAUUUUCAAAACAAUCUCAAGAAAUAAUGAAUGACAAACAAAAAUAUUGAUGAGUACCAAAAACAAACAAACAAACAAACAAACAAAACCUAUGAGGUUGUGUCAAAAAGCAUAGGUUCCAAGUAAGAGAAACCAAAACUGGAUCAAUAUGAAAAACAAAAUUAAAAAGAAUUUUUAAUUAAUAUGAACCACAUUAAUAUAAAUGACUGAAUGCAUAGACAAAUGGAAGCAGACAAUCCUUCCACAAGACCUCCAGCUGGUUUAUGAAGACACUCUGUGCUCAGACAAGUGAAUGAGUGAGUGACACCCAUGCCAACAAGUUGGGCUUAACACCCUCCUUGAACAUCCCUAAAACAGUAACUCCACAGUGGAGAAGCAGGGUUUUACCUCACCAAGCUGAUAAUCGGCGAUAAAUCAAAUCCACAGUAAGGAGCCUUGAUGUGAUUGAGUAAAAAGUACAUUUCAUAUCAUUAAGCCCAAACACUCUUUCUUCAGUCAAUACAUGAGAAAAAUGGCAAGUUCCAAUUCAGAAAAAAUGUCUGAUGAAUACUUUCUCAAACUGCUAAGGUUACUGUUUGCCCUCUAUAGGCUCAGGUUUUGGAACACUUGGUCUCAAGCUGAUAUGGGGGUUUUGGGGGGGAGGGUGGUUAGAAGGUAUGGCAAUGCUAGAGGAAGUAUAUUACUGGGGUGGGGAGGCGCUUUGGAGUUUUAAAAGCCACCCACCAUCCCCAGUGAGCUCUUUGCUUUCUUCUAUAGUUCAAGAUAGGAAGCCUCGGCUUCUGCUUCAGCCUCUACAUUUACUACUUGUUGUCAAUCACCCCCUCCCCCCGAUUUUGGAGUCUUAGAAUGGUAAGGCCAAAUAAAAAAUUCCUUCUAUAAGUUUGACCAUUGUGUUUAAUCAACACAACAGAAAAGUCAUUAAUACAGUUAUCAAAAUCAAAGAAACUUCAAAAUUAACUAUGAGGUUCUUUUAAAAAUACAUUAGAUAAGCUAUAGGCUAUUACUGAUACAUACAUUAUAUAAUGUAUGUAUGUUUACCAAGCCUAUUAAGAAUCUAAGGCUGUCGCGGAGCUGGGGCGGGGGGGGGUGGGGGGGGGCGGGGAGCUGUCCUCACAAACAAUAGUUCUUGACAAACAGUUGUCAUGCAAACAACAGAAGGCAGAAUCUUCGGAAAGCUGUAGGAAAGUCCUACGGGAGGAUAGAGAAUCUGUUGAAGGGAGUUGAAGAGUCGGCUUGGCAGUUAAGAACAAGCUCACCGGAUCCAGCUUCAACUCCCAGUACUCACAUGGCAGCUCACAACCAGCCUUAACUCCACUCCCAGCAGAACCAACACUUUCAUCUGCACAUAUAUAUACGUGCAAAAAAAAAAAAAAAAAAAAAAAAACAAACCAAAAAAACCUAUAAACAAAAAAUAAUUUUUAAAAUUUAAAAACAACAACAGCAACAAAAAAAUGUCAAACGUACCAAAGAGUCAAUGAAGCAAAGACUCACCAAAGACGGGUACCGAGUCCUGUAAAUAUUCCCAACUUGGUCCCGCUCCGCCCCGAUCCACCAGUUUACCCAAUGAAACACUAGAUCGCCUUCUGGAGCCCAAGAUCAUCCUCUACUCGAAGAUCGACCGACGGCAUCGAUGGGCUCGGAGGCAACUACUCAGGCCUGGGCGUCAGCAGCGCCUCUGCCUGGACCGCAGUAGCCGCCAUCUUGCCAGUGGACGGGGGAUACUUUGCAGUGGGGCAAGAAUUUGCGUCCGCCUUCUUCACUAGAAAUGGCCCAUGUGCUCUGUAACAGAGCCAGACUGGUUUCCUAUCUCCCAGGAUUUUGUUCUUUAGUGAAAAGAGUCAUCAAUCCAAGAGCCUUUUCAACUGCAGGAUCUUCAGGUUCUGAUGAGUCUCAUGUGGCCACCGCACCUCCAGAUAUAUGCUCUCGAACAGUGUGGCCUGAUGAAACUAUGGGACCCUUUGGACCUCAGGACCAGAGAUUCCAGCUUCCUGGGAAUAUAGGCUUCGAUUGUCACCUCAAUGGGACUGCCUCACAGAAGAAAAGCCAGGCCCAUAAAACUUUGCCUGAUGUUCUAGCAGAGCCUCUUUCAACUGAAAGACACGAGUUUGUGAUGGCGCAGUAUGUAAAUGAGUUUCAGGAUAGUGAUGCACCUGUUGAACAAGAAAUUAACAGUGCAGAAACUUACUUUGAAAGUGCCAAAGUUGAGUGUGCGAUCCAGACAUGUCCAGAGCUGCUGCGGAGAGAUUUUGAGUCACUUUUUCCAGAAGUGGCUAAUAGCAAACUAAUGAUCCUGACUGUAACCCAGAAAACUGAAAAUGACAUGACUGUCUGGAGUGAAGAGGUGGAGGUUGAGAGAGAGGUGCUCUUGGAGAAGUUCAUCAGUGGUGCUAAGGAGAUCUGCUAUGCCCUUCGGGCUGAAGGAUACUGGGCUGACUUCAUUGACCCAUCAUCUGGUGUGGCAUUUUUUGGACCAUAUACCAACAACACACUUUUUGAAACAGAUGAACGGUACCGGCAUUUAGGAUUCUCAGUUGACGACCUUGGCUGCUGUAAAGUGAUCCGUCACAGUCUCUGGGGCACUCAUGUGGUUGUAGGAAGUAUCUUCACUAACGCAACAGCAGACAGCAGUAUCAUGAGGAAGCUCAGUGGAAACUAGCAGCUGGCACUGUGAUCCCUGCAGCGCUGUUUGUCUGUCAUGGAUUGCUCUAUAUAAACACUGUCAUGGACAGCAGCUUCUAGAGGAUUCUUGUUUCUAGGUAUUUAUUGUAUCAUUUAUGGGUUUACAUGGACAGGUGACUUGGGGUUUCAGAAUUGCAAAUGCUAGUUCCUAUUCUGGAGUGCAUGCUGAACACAUCCAUAUUCUGCAAAGUGAGGUCAUCAGCUUGUAACCAGGGUAUGUGUGUUCUCUUAGGGUUGAUUCUCCCCUUUAUUGGGAAAACUUUAAUUAUUUUUUCCAAAAAUAAAUCAUACAUUUGUCUAUGAA